CUUACACGCGAACCCUUCCCAUCCCAUCCCACUGUCGGUCGCGCACUCUUCGUCGCUUCUAAACAAGUCACACAUUCGCAACAGAUAACACUCGAUCGGGCUUGUUUCUCGUCUCUCAACCUCUGCAUCUGCAACUCGGUUUGCCGCCAUUAUCAAUCUUUACAUCGACAUCUCAUCGAACCCCCUCAUUUCCUGUACGCAUAUGCACACGUCCCGCUUACCCUAGAGCGUCCUGGCGUGCACAGAUUCUUUCCAUGGUCUGUAGCCCUCCCCUGCCUGUCACCUACCCAUACAACACUACACGUCCGAAUCAUAAAAGUCUUUCCAUCAGACUUCAGCUUUCUUACGCUUCCGAAGACAGCGGAUCUGUCCCAUCCCCCACAACUGACAGGGACACCUCUUCCAUCUGGGUCACAUCCAUCUGUCAGCUCUACUUAGCCUCUCCACCGCCGAUCUUGGCCUAGCCAUCAGGAUUGUCGUCCCGACCCUUUAACCGUUGGACCUCUUAUUCCCUACCUCCCAUCCUCCACGCGUGACUUCAUGCUGAGAAGUCCUCCACACCCUUCGAGGUGGUGCGCCCACUGACACUCUGCCGUUUUACAUCCAUUAAAGCGCGACCGCCACGCCCUUGCUGGCUUCGAAGUCACCGGCAGCCAUAGAUCAACAUGAUCUCCUCUCCACCUGGGUCACCAGAUGGCACACGCCAGAUCCGCCCCCAGAGCAUGUACACCGUCCCCUCUCCUGACGCCUCACAAUCUCGUCGCCCUCAGAGCAUGAUGACCCGUCCUCCCCCUCGCAGCCACAGUCGCAUGAGUCAGAGCAGUAGACAUGGUGGCAGCAGAGCAUCAGAUGAAGACGCAAAGACUGCUGUCAAAGUCGUGGUCCGUGUACGUCCUCCGCUUGGACCAUCAGAUCCUGGCUUCGACCUCAUCCCUCAAAGAUUCCAGCGUUCCAUGGUGCAGGUCAACACAAAUACAACGUUAGCCGUUGAGUCUCCUCAGGGCAAGAAGAUUUUCAUAUUCGAUCGCGUCUUUGGCCAGGACACAACCCAACAGUCAGUGUGGGAUUAUUUACACGAGAGCGUUGACUCCUUCCUCCAAGGUUACAAUGUCUCCAUUCUUGCCUACGGCCAGUCUGGCUCAGGAAAGAGCUACACCAUGGGUACCUCGGGACCCGGCGAACAAGCAGACUCGUCCCUCAAAGGCGUUAUCCCCAGAGCCGCCCACCACCUCUUCUCCAGCCUCAAUGGCGGCGUCCCAGCUCACAGUAGACAACACUCUGGGCUGAAAUCGCCCACGAGGUACUCCGUCACAAGCCUGAAUCAGGUCAUGCAGAACUCAAAAACAUACUCAGAAAAGGGAUGGGAGAUGUCUGUAACCUAUGUCGAGAUCUACAACGAACAGCCACGCGACUUGCUGCUCCCAGACGAUGCUAGUCUUUCCGAGCGAGCAAAUGUCCAAAUUCGUGAGGACCCCAAGGGCCGCAUCUUUGUCGAAGGCCUAAACUCAGUACGCAUCACUUCGAUCGAAGAACUAAUGCGUACUCUCAAUCAUGGGUCGACCAUUCGUCAAACUGAUGCUACUGCCAUCAACGCUCGAUCGUCUCGGUCUCACGCCGUCUUCACGAUCAACCUUCGCCAGACACGAGCCCACGGCUUCAACUGCAACAAGCGCUCUUCUGUCCACGUGGACCAUAUCUCCCCAGGAGAUGCUCCCAUGACUGUGGAGAGUAAACUUCAUUUCGUCGAUCUCGCUGGUAGUGAACGUCUGAAGAACACAGGAGCCACAGGGGAUCGAGCCCGGGAGGGUAUCUCCAUUAAUGCAGGACUCGCUAGUCUGGGCAAGGUCAUCUCCCAAUUGUCAACACGGACCGCGGGCACAUAUGUGUCGUACAGAGACUCGAAACUGACGCGCAUGCUGCAAGAUUCUCUCGGUGGCAAUGCAAUCACCUAUAUGAUUGCCUGUGUCACCCCUGCUGAAUUCCAUCUCAGUGAAACCCUAAAUACGGUGCAGUACGCCCAACGCGCUCGCAACAUUCAGAGCAAACCAAGAAUCCAACAGAUUGACGACACGGGUGACAAACAAGCAGUUAUUGACCGCUUACGCUCCGAGAUUGCCUUUCUACGUCAACAAAUCCGAAGCGCAGAAGGUGGCGACCGUCGGAGCGGCAUUGUCUCAGAUCGUCCUGAUCGUCCAAAUGAGCGAGAAAAUGAGCUUCAGAAUCAUCUCCUUGACGUCCAAGAAGGGUAUACGGCUUUAAGUCGAAGACAUGCAAAACUCAUCGCCCAGUUUAGCAAAUUUUCGGAAACUGCUGAUCAAAACAACCCCGUUGCUGAGAGUGCUGUUGAUCGACUGAAAAGAUCGCAAGCGAACCAGGAGAUGAUUGAGCAAGUGGUUAUGGAAUACGAAAAGACCAUCCAGAGCCUCGAGGCAAAUCUCUCAACCACCCGAACCUCACUCUCAAAUACAGAAAGCAGUCUUCUGGAACGUGAGACUAAAUGUGCUUACGUCGAGACCAUGAACGCCCAACUGAAUGCCCGUGUACAGAAAUUGAUGGAAAGAGAAACAAACACUGAUCAAUAUCUGCAUGAAUUGGAAGCCAGAUUGGACGACAAGAGCUCUGGAGGCGAGAAAAGCGACACUGUCAUCUCUGAAUUGCGCAAAGAACUCGCCAGGAUUAGAGAAAGCGAAACAAAUGCUGAAGACUACAUCUGCACCCUCGAAGAAAGACUUGCAGAGACUGACCAGGAUAUGGAAAUCAUGCAGCGGGAGGUCGAGCGUCUAGAGCACUUGGUUGAACGCCAACGAAGUCUCGGAAAGCUCGACAACCUGCUUUAUGAGCUGGAUCACAUUCAAGACAAGGAUGGCAAAACCAAACCUUCAAACGCUUCGACUACGCCAUCGACAGAUGUGCAAGACCUUCAGAGCGACGAGAUUCUCAAGGCUGCGGAAGAAACCCAACUUCCCGGCCACGAUGACGACGAUGAUGAUGACGACAUGCUCAACUCUGAGCUAGACACAGUUGAAGACAUCCUGCCUGCCGACGUGUCCCCUGAGACUGAUGAGCAGGGUCUCAAGAAUCUUCAGAUCACAGUAGAACCUCGGGAAGCACUAACCGUCGAGCAACCUAUCGAGCCUCUUCCAAGCCCUGCUCAAUCAAAAUUCAUUACGGAGAAGUUUGAAGCCGUGAGCCAGGAGCUCUUCGAACUGCGUCUGGAGCAUGAAAACACCAUCAAUGAUUUCGAUCUCCUUUCAGCCAAGUAUCAACAGGCUUUGCACACCUUGGCAGAGAUGCAGGAGCGCAUCGACGAGGAGCGGGAGACCACAUCAUCUGUCCAGGAUGACCGGGACAGACACACCAGUCCCCCUACCCCUUUCUCAGAGGAGGACGAGGAUUGCCAGAAAGACAUCGAAGACGGCCAAGACUUGCCUUCAUCAAGAUCGCUUUCCUCAGAAUUAUCCAUGGCAGGGGAGUCUUCCACAUCUGUCGGCACCGAUAUCACACCCAUUUCGAAACCGACAGAGUCAGUCGAGGUCGCAACUCUCGAGAUUGAACGCCUUCAGAACCUUCUUGCUGAGCACCAGCGCAACAUGCAGGAUGUUACCGAGCAAUACAUUCAGUUAAAGGCAGAGCACAAAGAGGUUUUGACGACUGUUGACGCUCUGAAGUCACAAGCGCAACGAACAAGACCAAAUUCCCCGGGUACACCUGGCAUGCUCAGACGUAUGGCAUCGCAAAGUGGGUCUGGGAUUGAUCGUGGCCAACGUUCUGUAACUUCAUUGAGAUCUCUUAUGGCAGAAGAAUUUGAAAGCAAGCCUGAUCGCAUGGAGACCGCAGAGGUACAUCUUUCUGCAGCCACUACUGAGCUACAGGCCCGACUAGAUCGCAUUCACUCCUUGGAGGCCGAAGUAAAAUCGAUCAAGAAAGAAAUGGAACUCAAGUCAACUAUUAUUUCAGGGUUGACAAGAGAAAGAACGAGUAUCAAGACAGGAUCGCCAGUGGAUCUGAACAUGGUAUCUCAACUUCGCGAUCAAAUCAUCCAGAAGGAGACUGAGCUCAAGGCGCUUCAUGAGAGCUAUGGUCGUCGUGAACAGGCGCUCCAGGAGGAGAUCCAGAGGCUGAAUCUUGAGACACCGAAACCCACACCCGUUUCACAAGACAACCAAUUCCUCAUCAGCUCGCUCCAAGACCAAAUCGCGGAGCUGACUCUGAAACACCAAAAUGCACUUCGGACGGCUGAAGAUUCCGAAAAGCAGUUCGCUCUGACCAAGGCGGAACUGGAUGCCGCAUUGAUGACAGUCAAAAGCUUGAAGGCUCAACAGGAAGCCGAAGCCGCUGCAGCGAACAAUGAUGAUGCUUCUGAACGAGUUGCUGCCAUCAAGGCUAUGGAAGAAGAGAGAUCCAAUUAUCAACAAUUGAUAGACGAUCUCAAGUUAGAGCUCGAGAAGCAGAAGGAGACGAAUACUCUUCACGCGGACAAGAACACUGAACUUCAGCAACUCCAUGCUGCUCUGAGCAAAGACUUUGACUCGCAGUCGGCAACAAUCAGUUCUCGCGAAGCCACCAUUACUUCUCUCAAGUCUGAAAUCUCCACUCUUGAGCAGAAGGUUGCGGAAGCAACGACGGCAGCAGAGUCGCAAAAGAAGAGCUUACAGAAGCUUCAUGACGCCCACGCCGCUCAGAUUGAGGAGCUCAAGCUUGCGCAUGGUGGACACCUCGCGGGUUAUGAUGAUCAAAUCACCGAGAUGACCAACAAACAUGAUAGAUUGGUGUCGAAGUACAAGGUUGACCUGGAGCAUGCCUUGUCGACGGUUGAGAAACUAGUGGCCAAUUGUCAACAUGCGCUCGGUCACCCCACCAGUGCUGAUAUGCUGUCCAGCCAUGUUAGAGACGUGGUGGAUGAGAAGGCACACAUCGCAGCAGCGAAUGCUCGUUUGGUUCAAACUAAUGCAGAAUUGGAGCGACAACUCGAUGGGCGACACAGCCUUUUGGAGCUUGAGGAAGAACUUGCCAAAGCUAACCACCGAAUCGCAAAUUACCAAGAAACAAUCAAGAAGCUGGCGAAUGAAGUGGGCAAUUACGAGGAAGGCCAACGUGAGCGAGAUCUCGUGAUUCAGAAUCUUGAAUCAAGCCUGGAAGCUGUCGAGGCCGAGAAGACGAAAAAGAUCGUCCUAAUUGAAGAACUGGAACAACAGCUUCAGACCAGCUAUGAUCAACAUCACAAUCGUGUUUCUGUUAUUCAAGCCCAGGGCAAUCAGGCACUCCUCGAUGCACAACAACGAAUCAUGACACUAGAAAAGGAGCUAGAACAGCUCAAAGCUUCAAACGAGGCUGGCUCUGACGGUGGUUCUCGAACCAAUACCAUGAAGUCGCAACGACCACAAUCACCACCAGUCGACGGUGGUGCGCCCCGAUCGAACUCGAUGACAUCGAAUCUACGCAAGUCGGCCUCGAUUGCAUCAUUACCUUCACCUCCACCAGCAAUUCCUCUUCCGCCUCUACCCACACUUUCCAGUUUACAGGUUGCUCAAGCCAAUAUGAACAACCCAUCUCCUCCUCAAUCACGACACGCUUCCAAAGAGGUUGCACUACCUAUCACACCAGUUUCUGGCACUGUGGUGUCUUCCAACUCUCAGAAUGUUCGCCGUCAAUCGGCGUUGAUCGAAGAACAGGAAGCUCGUCUCCGCACCAUCGAAAAGCAUCUCCAUGCCGAGAAAUCCUUGACGGCCACGCUCGAAGAGGCUCUUGUCGACCUCGAGACACAGAGCAACAAACUUCGAGUCGAUGCCGAACAAUGGAAGAAGAAGGCAUGGGCAAUGGAAGAAGAAUUGGUGGGUUUGAAAAAGGAACGACGCACCGAGAGACUGAGCAUACAGGCUGUUGAGGAAGAAGUCAAGAAGCGAAGAGAGGCCGAGGCAGCCAGAGCACAGCUCGAAGAGAGAAUGAAGCUCUUGACCGUGGGACGCGACGGGAAGAAGAAAAAGAAGGGAACAUCACUCAACUGUUUCUAGUAAACAGUCGUCAAAGAGUGUUUCAUGAUACCUCCAUCUCCUCCUCCCUUCCUCGAUGAGAGAUGACAGGAGAAACGCCCAUGGGAGGCCCCUUCUUUUUGCUGCCUGCUAUUUUACAGCAGCUGGUGGUGGUCCCAUGUCAUGAGGCUGAGAAUUUCUCCUACGUACGGAUUGGACGGCAUUGACGAUUUCAUAUGUGUGUGCGAGUGUGUGUGUCUGGAUAUGUGUGUGUCUUGGGUGUUUUCAUUUUCUCACUCUCUCUCUCUCAUACACAAACCACUCCUCCGGGUCAUUGAUUUCUCAUGUUUUGUUUUUUGCUUUUGCCUUUUUGAUUUUAUCGAAGAAAUCAUACCCUCACCUUACCCAUCUACCUACCUAUCUACCUACCUACCCAUCCACCAGCGAGGGCGGAGGGCGGAAUGAGCAUGAACGUCUCUAAUGUCUCUAGAAUUAUUAUUUUGUUUCGAGACGAGCACGACAGUUUUGUUAACUUGUCGUUGUUGUUAUUGGUGUUGUUGUUUUCUUGACGGUUGAUGGUUGUCUUGUUGAUCUACUUUUUUGCCUGGUAGGGCAAGGCUGGUUGGUGAUGGUGAUGGUGCUGGUGAUGGUGAUGGUGCUGGUGCUGGUGCUGGUGC